AUGAAGGUUUAUACUUCUCCCUCUCAAUUGAAUUUGUUACUUCGAUUUCUGCAACGAGUUUAUCAAAAUAAUGUUAUUAAUCCUUUGUUCCAUUGCUGCAGGCUUUACGUUCGAGGAACGAUUCUCGGAUACAAAAGGUCGAAGUCGAAUCAGUAUCCCAGCACUUCGUUGAUUCAGAUUGAGGGAGUGAACACGAAGGAAGAGGUGACUUGGUACCAGGGAAAGAGAAUGGCUUAUAUAUAUAAGGCGAAGGUGAAAAAGAAUGGAUCUCAUUAUCGUUGUAUUUGGGGAAAAGUUAGCAGGCCUCAUGGAAACAGUGGUGUUGUACGAGCUAAGUUCAAAUCCAACCUUCCUCCCAAAUCAAUGGGAGACAGAGUUAGGGUUUUCAUGUACCCGAGUAAUAUCUAAGGUUUCUGCUUUAGGAGUUUGAAUUGGUGCAAAAUUAGUUUAGAUUCGAGCAUUCGGGUUGGUUCAACAUAUCGAGUGUUGAUUUUGUUUCUCCACACUUUCUUGUUAUAUCAGAUGCAAAUUGAAAUGUUUGAUUUUAUAAUGGUUUAAAUUUUUUGACAUUUAGAUCUUUAA